UACAAAUCCAAACUAAAUCGAGGAAAAAUAGACAACAAAAAGAGUAAUAUAUUAGGAGAGUUCUUAUAUUCUCAUUAUUGUUGUUCGUAUUUUCAGGGUCGUUGGAUUGAAAUUCAUCCAUAAUAUUUUCAAAUGAAAUAAAUUUUUAAUUUACCCCGUAAUUGUUUAUUCUAUUAAUAGAGUUUGGGCAAGAGCUAUUAAUAGAGUAUGAGCUCUAUUUAACAAGCUGUGGGGAAGUGAGUAACACCCACCUUGCCGUCUUCUACUCUACAUCAAACUGUGUCUGCUCUGCUCUGAAUCUGUGUGGGAUUUCUUGGUGAACACCUAUCCCCAUUGCCGGAAAAGUCGGGAUGGGAGAUAAGCUUGAUGCGCAAAAGGGUCAGAAACCGGGCAGCAGCACUGCCGGGGUGCCCAAAAUCGAGCCAUUCGUGCCAAGAAAAGGCUACGAUCCAAGAGAGUUGAAAUCAUGGGCCAAGAAAACCGGAUUCGUGUCCCAUAUUUCCGGGGAGACCGACCCGGCAAGUCUGAGCGGGAGGGAUUUGGGCUCCAGUAUUAAUGCACGGGUCGGACUCGAGAGGGGGUUUGACAAGCUUGAUUUUGCGUCUCCAAAGAUCGAGCUUGACCCCAUUUUGGGGAGGACUAAGAGGAGUAGAGGGGUUGAGAUUCUUCCUGCCGGUAGGGUAAACGUUAACGAGCAAAGAAAUGAGACUCUGGGGGGUGAGAGUGAAGGGAAUAGGGUUGAGCUAGUGGAGGAAUCGAGGGUUGAAGAUGAAGAGAGCAAAGAUGGUCUGAAUGGGAUGACCCCAAUUCGUAACUCCAGUGAAGUGCAGCCUACAGCUUCAAGUUUGGGUCCGAAGAAAGAUGAUAAGAAUGUGGAUCAUGAAAUGGGGAUUAGAGUGUUCCCUGACUGGGAGGAUCAUACGGCUUAUGACAUACCGCAACAGUCUCCGAGAAUUAAGUGUGGACUAAGAGACAAUCCGGGUUACGCACCACUUAUCUACUAUGGUUUGCAGCACUUCUUGUCAUUGGUCGGAUCACUUAUUUUCAUCCCUUUGAUCAUUGUGCCUGCAAUGGGUGGAACUGACAAAGACACUGCUACUGUGAUUUCCACAACGUUGUUAGUUUCUGGCCUUGCUACAGUAUUGCACUCGUAUUUAGGUACUCGCCUGCCAUUGGUUCAAGGAAGUUCAUUUGUGUAUCUGGCACCUGCAUUGGUGAUCAUGAAUUCUGAGGAGUACCGAAACCUUUCUGAAAAUAAAUUUAGGCACAUAAUGAGGGAGUUACAAGGAGCUAUUAUAGUGGGUUCAGUAUUCCAGAGCAUCUUAGGCUUCACUGGUUUGAUGUCUCUUUUUGUAAGGUUGAUAAAUCCCAUCGUGGUUGCUCCUACAAUUGCAGCAGUGGGCUUAGCUUUUUUCAGCUAUGGCUUUCCACAAGCUGGUAGCUGUAUAGAAAUAAGCUCUCCCCUGAUACUACUUGUUCUUGCCUUUACGCUGUACCUUCGAGGAAUAUCUAUUUUUGGGCAUAGAGUGUUUCGGAUCUAUGCGGUUCCAUUAAGUGUUGUGAUUACAUGGGCAUUUGCGUUCUUCUUGACAGCUGGGGGAGCAUAUAAUUAUAAGGACUGCAGCUCUGACAUACCAAGUUCGAAUAUCCUUAUCGAUGCAUGUAGAAAGCAUGUUGGUACUUAUCAUUCUGCAUCCAUGAGAAUCAACCUGAAACCUCCAACUCCCGGCAUUGUGAGCAGAGGAAUUGGUUUAGAAGGGUUUUGCAGUGUACUGGCUGGGCUUUGGGGAACAGGCACUGGAGCAACAACAUUGAUAGAGAAUGUGCACACAAUUGAUGCCACCAUGGUAGCAAAUCGGAGGGCCUUAGAACUUGGUUCAAUUUUCUUGAUUGCUUUCUCCUUUCUAGGUAAAGCGUGUGCCAUCCUUGCUUCUAUACCACAAGCAUUGGCUGCUGCUGUGUUGUGCUUCAUAUGGGCACUAGUUUUGGCUUUGGGUUUAUCAACUUUACAAUAUACCCAAACAACAAGUUCCCGAAACGUUAUGAUUGUUGGAGUUUCAUUGCUCCUUGGUUUCUCCAUCCCAGCUUAUGUUCAGCAGUAUCAGCCUGUCUCCAGCUUAAUUUUGCCCCCUUAUCUUCUUCCCUAUGCUGCUGCUUCAAGUGGACCAAUCCAUUCUGGGAGUACACAAAUUGAUUUCGCGCUAAAUGCACUGAUGUCCUUGAACAUGGUGGUUACACUGUUGGUUGCUUUCAUCCUAGACAACACUGUCCCCGGAACCAGACAACAGCGAGGUGUGUACAUAUGGUCAACUACAGAAGACAUAACCUCAGACCCAUCUUCCUUUUCAGACUAUUCGCUCCCAAGUGAAGUUGCUAGGUGUUUUCGUUGGGCGAAAUGUGUGGGUUUAUGAGUUUUCAUGUGCUGUCAAAACUUUAUAGGAUAGAUAAUAGUUCUUCCAUUGUAAUCAUCAAGAAAAUGUAUUAUAUUGUAUUUUUACAAGCAUCUGUAAUAGAGAAAUGCACAAAAUGACCCAUUGCUUCCAUAUUC